AUGCAUUUUGACACUGGCAUUUUUCAUAGGCCUGAAGACUCUUCAUUUAUAACUGCUCUAUUUCCACAUUUUUCAGAUACUCUUUAUGCAUCUGCCGACGUCUACAUUUCAAUAAGGGCAAGAGAGCAAAUUUCAAAAACAGUUGAUUGUCUAGCGAACCACAGGAUCACCCCGGACCGCAGAUCUUGUAUGGUAAACUGAAUGAUAGAAGUUUUGUCCCAAUACGAAGCCUCACUUCAAACAUUUUUCCGUGCCGUGAAAAUCAUGGACAAAUUUUUUCAACUUUCGCCAAAGUCAAUUUCUUCGUCAAAACUGCACAUUAUUGGGGUCACCUGCAUGUUUAUUGCGUCUAAAUUCGAAGAUACAGACCCUUUAAGGCUGGCUAUUGUAAGAGAAGAAAUCGGGCAUGGUAAAUUUUCGAAGGAGGCCAUUAAAAAGAUGGAAAGAAAGAUCGUGAGAGCUUUGGAGUUUGACGUGGCUGUUCCUAAUUGUAAUGAAGUUUUUGGGUAUUUGAGUGAAAUUGUAGAAGUCCAGCCUGCGGUGAAGAGGACUGCGGAAAUGAUUUUGGUGCUUUUACAAAUUUAUUAUAACAUGCAAUUGCUACCAUCACAAGAAGCUGUGGCAGCUUUUAUAAUUGCUGCAAAAUCACUGAGGCAGGAUGAUGAUGUCAUUAAAAGGAUUUUGCUUGUGUCAGGAUAUUCAGAGGAUGAAGUUGUGGGGCUUGCUGAUAGCAUUUUUCGUGAAUUAUUACUUUUUCCGGAUCAUUAUGGAAAUUGUCAAAAUGCAAUGAGAUUUUUUCAGUUUAAUUUAAUUUUAAGAGUGCCAGGCCCGCUGUUUGAGUUUUGGGAUGCUGACCUCAGCAGAAAUCAAGAACAAUUGCUUGGACUUUUUAAUAAUAACUAA